GUUUUGUUUUCUAUUACACGCACUGAAGUUACUUUGUAUCACUACUUUCAUAUAGUUACCAAAAAAAUAGGUGGCAGCUGUUUAAUCAAAAUGACAGCUACUAGCUCGAGUGAGAAGGAUAUUCCCGCCUCGCUGGUGUUCGAAGCCAUCAACUCUCGAGUCGUUGUAGAAACGAUGGAAGGAAGCUUAUACAAAGGCAAGCUUGUGGCGUACGACACCGAAAAAGGAAACGUAGAGUUGAGUGACGCCCGGCAUCAAGCAAAAGACUCGUCGUACAGCUUUUGUGAGCGGGUUACAAUACGGGGUUCCAAUAUUCGCGUCAUUCAACUUCCCCCAGAAAUGAAAGCAGCGCCCUCAUUGCAAUGGCGGCGUGACGCGGUGCAGCAAGAAUUGAAAAAGUCGCUCAAACGCAUUCCGGUUCUGCGCUCGCGACCGCAGCAGGUUGCGCCGGUAAGAGUUAAAAAGGCACCAUCAAAGGCGAACAAAGGAAAGCAGCUUCGGAGAAAAUUGAGGUAG